AACCAAGAAAUAUCCCAAUCGUGACCUAAAAAACAAAAACAAAAACAAAUAUCUCAAUUAUCUCCACAAAGUAUUUUUUUUAAAACAAAAAUAAAUAAAACAAAAAGAGGCCGUUAUAAAGAAAGACAAAAGAAAAAAAUAAUGAAUCAGAGACGCGUAGGCACAUUUCUCAACUCUCUGCACCGUCUUUGACCAAAUCUCUCUCUCUCUCUCUCUUCUUUCUCUCUCAUCGCCGCCUCGCAACUUCCUCAAUCCCGAAGCUGCGUUCACACCAAUCGCCCAACUUUUCCUCUGCGCAUUUAAGCCGACCCCAGUUUUCCAAAAGCCGCAAUUUUCAUUAGUGUUGACAUUCUCCGCCGCGUUCACAUUUCCGGUUCACGCAUUUCGUCGAGCACAUGGCACGCGCAUGUAUAUGAAGCUUCCUUCCGCCAACCAACAUCCCGAUUGCUCUUCUCUCCGCCUAGCCUUGGACCUCUUCCCGCGCUCUAAGUUUCAGAUGAACGAAGGCAAGCAGCAGAAUCAGCAGCAGCAGCGGAAGCGGAGGAGGAAAGAGACUUCAGCCGACGCCGCCGGAAAUCUCGAUGCGGUUGAUGAGAAGCAAGUGAAAGUCAAAGGCCUCAACGAGAUCAUCACCUCCUUAACUCUGCUGCAGGAUCAGGAAAAGGACGAUCUCGAAGAUGUGGAGAAAUCAAAUCAGGAAGAGAUAAUUAGGUAUGAGGAGAUUCAUAGAGAGAGAAAGCGAGAGAUUUUGGAUUACUCCGCCAAAUCGGAGGAUCUCCACCGCGCCGAUGAGCGCGCCGACGGCGCGCGCCGCCGCAAAUCCAAGGCGAAUUCCUUCUCCGCCGCCGCAAUUGCGGUCGCCUCCGCCGACGACGUCGAGGAAGGCGAGAAAUCCGCCGCUGCGGCGCAGCCGCAGCGGCGCCUCUGGGUGAGGAACCGGUCCAAGGAUUGGUGGGAGCAAUGCAACAGUCCUGAAUUCCCCGAUGAGGAAUUCAAAAAGGCGUUUAGGAUGGGGAAGGAAACAUUCGAUUUCAUAUGCAAUGAGCUGAGCUCCGUCGUGUCGAAGGAGAACACGAUGCUGCGGGACGCCGUCCCCGUCCGGCAGCGCGUCGCCGUGUGCGUGUGGCGGCUCGCCACCGGCGAGCCGCUCCGCCUCGUCUCGAAGAAAUUCGGAUUAGGGAUUUCGACUUGCCACAAGCUAGUCCUCGAGGUCUGCUCCGCAAUUCGGAACGUGUUGAUGCCUAAAUUCCUCCGGUGGCCGGACGACGAGGGGCUGAGCAAGCUCAAGGCCGAAUUCGAGGCGGUCUCCGGCAUCCCAAACGUCGUCGGAUCAAUGUACACCACCCACAUUCCGAUCAUCGCCCCCAAAAACAGCGUGGCGGCCUACUUCAACCGCAGGCACACGGAGCGGAACCAGAAGACCUCCUACUCCAUCACGGUGCAGGGCGUGGUUGAUCCUCGAGGCGUCUUCACCGACGUCUGCAUCGGCUACCCCGGCUCAAUGCCGGACGAUCAGGUGCUGGAGAAGUCGACGCUCUACCAGCGCGCCAACGCCGGGUUCUACAACGUGUGGAUCGUCGGGGGCUCGGGCUACCCUUUGAUGGAUUGGGUGCUGGUGCCCUACACGCACCAGCACCUGACGUGGACGCAGCACGCCUUCAACGAGAAGAUCGCGGAGGUGCAGCGCUGCGCCAAGGAGGCGUUCGCGAGGCUCAAGACGCGGUGGGGGUGCCUGCAGAAGCGGACGGAGGUGAAGCUGCAGGACCUGCCCGUGGUGCUCGGGGCUUGCUGCGUGCUGCACAACAUAUGCGAGAUGAGGGAGGAGGGAUUGGAGGAGUUGGCCAAGUUUGAGAUCUUCGACGAUGAGAUGGUGCCGGAGAUAGGGCUGAGGUCGGCCGGGGCGAUGAAGGCGAGGGACGCCAUCGCGCAUAACCUGCUGCACCACAACCACGCCGGCACCUCCUUCCUCUCUUGAUCGUGAAGGUGAAAGGUGAUGAUGGUUGUUUAUACAAUUUGUGUUGCUUUGGGAAAACUUUGUUUAUACAUGUGUUGCAAGGGUGCUUUUGCUUUCCUCCCUUGUACAGAAAUUGGUGGUUUAUUUGGAUUUGUAGAAUUGAGUCAUAUACACAGAGAAGAGAAGAGACUAAUGUAGUUCAGGAAUGAUUCUUUCAUUGCAUUGCUAUACACUGCAAAGAUUUGAUAUUUUUAGUUUGUGUAGAUGUAUGUGUAGGAUCUAAAUGAAGAUUAAUUAUGUUUACCUA